AUGAUUAAAAAAUCAGUAGGGUGCGGCAGAGGAUUGUUUGCUACUGACAAUGCAGAUAUUGGUGAUUUUCUGCUCGUGGACAACGCCAUUGCGUUUAGCUGCAAGAUAAGAAGAUUGAAAGGAGGACCCGAAAGAGUCAUACUUGGUAUGAUAGAAGUGAGGGCAAAACUUGGUCCUCUUAAACGGGAUUUAGAGGCUCAAAUCAAUUCGUCUGCAGCAUCAUCUCCGAGGGUAUUGCAGCAGCUAGAGUACCUUGCUGAUUCAGAUGAAAUGAAGGUGCCACCCAUGGAUCUGUUCCGGAUAAAUAAUGCCAGCUGGAGUAACUACGAUGUUGCCAAUCAAGGUUGGGAACUAGACCAGCAUAAACUUGCGAAUAUAAUGAGAAACGUGGGGUGCCAAAUACAAACUAUUGAAAUAAAUAGUGAGAUGUCAAGACAAAAUGAGCAAUUUGGUUUAUGGGCACUUCCCUCUUUCAUCAAUCAUUCUUGUUUUCCUAACGCCAACUGUAUUGUUGUGGGAGAAGCCAUGUUUAUUAUAGCUGCGAGAAAAAUUGAAGGAGGAGAAGAAAUAACAAUCCCUUACUUUGACACUCUGGAGCCGCUGUUCAGACGAGAACGGAUAUGCAGGGGAUUGGGAUUUAAGUGUGAGUGUAAGCGGUGUAUGUUAGAAAGAUCCCUAGUAGCAGCCGAAGCAUCACUGUUGCAAGAAAUUGCUAACUUCAUUUACGCCGUUGACUGCACCAUGCUCACUGAUCUUGAGCUGUGGAAAAUUGCUAUACGAGUUGAAAACAGCAUAGAUGUCCUGACCACUGAAGAAAAGCAGAUGAUAAGAGCUUCUUUUUUUCCGCUUUACUACAAGAUUUUUGGGUUACACCGCUUUCAUCCUUAUGCCAGAACAACUCUGCCUACGCCCAGGGAAGUAUUUGAUGGCCUCCACGAGGUUGUUCCGGGGAAUUGUACGUGCUUUGAGUUGUUUGCAAGGUUUCCGGUUUAUGCCAGGAACGAAGCUGAAACAGACAAAGUUCUUUUUCGGAAGGCAUUGGAAGUAUGCACAGCGUACAUGGGAAAGCAUGAACAAGGUCGUCUAAAAGCUGUGUUGAUCUCCGUUGCAUUAUACGUCUUCAAUCCGGGACUUACUGUGUUCGGCUUAACAGAGGUCAACACCUAA